AUGGCUCGCAGACGUUCCGACUCUGUAUCUGUCUUUUCGUUCGAGGACGACGUGGGCGACUCGUCCGUCUGGUGCUGCUUUGGUGGUGGAAAGCGACCCAAGACGACGACGACCCCACAGACUUCGCAGGUGGUGUACAACCCCCCGCCCACAGGCAUGCGGAACGCGAGUGGCAGCCCGCCUGCGCUGCCCCAGAAAGACGAGGGCGCGAUUCAAGCCCAGACACAGGUGCGGUAUGCGCCUGCCGUGUCACCAUCGCCGUCUCCGCCCCACUAA